AAAAACACUUAUCUGGCCACCUUGGUUAUCUUGUUGACAUGUUUACAAUUCAAAUGUAGUAUUAUUAAUUUCGUACAUUGUACUACUUUUUUCAACUCAAAAAAUGAAUUCUGUACGCAACAUUUUAUGUCGUCGUUUUACAGCAAAAACUUCGGUAGAGCAAAAGUGGUUUUCUUCGACGCCCGUUCAACUAAGUGACACUCAUAUUCCAAAGAAUGUUAUUGCUGACCUUUCGACAGCACAGCAUCAACAUGAAAAUGGAAUGAUCUAUGAUAAGAAACCAUUCAAGAUUGAACUUGUCGAAGGUAAACGAUAUUCAUGGUGUUUGUGUGGGAAAUCAAAAUCUCAACCACUCUGUGACGGUACUCACAAAUUGGAACAGUAUAAGAUUACCUUAAGGCCAGUCAGGUUUCAAGUAGAAAAGACUGGAACAUACUGGUUAUGUAAUUGCAAACAAACUAAAAACCGGCCCUUCUGCGAUGGGACCCAUAAAGCCGAGCACAUUCAAAAAAUAACAGGGAAGUGAGAAACCGUGUUAUUGAGCUUUGUAAAUUAGGUUCUAAAGAGAAAAUAUUACAAUAAAAUGUAUACUGAAACUGUUAA